CUCAUCAAAACACUAACAACAAAGUGACUGCUCAAAUUAAGCAGUAUAGCUCCUUAAAAAAAAAUAAAAGAAAUGACAACAAAAGUAAUUUAGUUAUUAUUUUAAAAUAAGUAUAAUCAUAAGUUCUUUUUAAAUUAAAUACCUUUAACUGUCAUGCUCAUCAUAUCAAUUUUGGGCCCAAGUACACUAAUGAGUAAUGAAUUAAUUGGGAUGGUUUAAUCAAUUCAAAACCUCCUGGCCCAUUAUAGAGCUUGUCCGCAUUCAACCAUGCAUAUCAGUGCUUUAGUGUGUUUCUUUUUGUUUGUGUAGUGACUGCUGUGCUGUUCAGGUUUUGGCUUUAUUGGUCUCUUAUGCAAGCUAGACUGUACUUUUUGGAAUGACAUGCUGUUUUGACCCUAAAGAAAAACAAGAAAAUGAAAAACAAAUGAAACCUAAAUGACAGCUUUGUAUUUGAGUUUCCAACCUUGGAAAGAAUGUCACUUUCCCUCCAAUCUCAAAAAGAAGAAAAAUUGUGAGAAAAUAACCCUAAAACCAUGUUUUCCAGAGCUGGGUUGUGCAUGAAUCAAACAAUUAACCCCAGAUUUCUGAUUCUGACAACUUAGAUGCAAUUCAAGUGAUUGAGUGUAAUUCGAGGUCCAAAUUGAUAUGUUGCAAUCUGCAUCAAUGUCUCUAGGUACCAUAUUCAAUUGGAAUAUGAAUUGUAUGGUUCUUGCAAUUCAGAUAACUAUGGUUAUAAGAAGUUAUUUUCUAUUACAUUAAUAUAUAGUUUGCUCUGCCAAGUAGGUGUUACUUUUGAUGGGCUUUAUUUUUUUGAUUGGCAAAUGUUAGUUUGGUUACUUUCAGUGUUGUUAAAUGGCGGCCAUGGCGGCGCCAUGGCGGGUUUGCGAAAAAACGCCACCGAAUAGCGGUGGCGUGGCGGGUUUGGGAUGGCGGCGCCAUGGCGGUCGUGGCGGGAUGGCGGAAAUGGCGGAAAUGGCGGAAAUCUUCGGCUUUUGUCCGCGGUAGGAGUUGGGCCGACCCGACCCAACCCUACCCGGUUAUUCAUUAAAUUAAAAACCCUCCACAGCUUGCGUUCAGAACACCUAGCCGUCCCUCCAACAGCUUCCAUUCCCUCCCGAACUUGCCUGCGUCCCUCCCGAACCCCGCCGCUCCCAGCCGCCGCCGCGACACCACCCCCUCCCCGCCGCACCCAGCCGCCGCCGCGACGAGGCCCGCAAUGCACGAACGGCGCCGACGACCUCCGACGACGAGCCCCGGCAACGCACGACACCCCCCAUUUUUCUGUCUCGCAAAAGAAGAAGACGAAGAAGAGGAAGGAAGAAGACGCGGGUCAGCUGAUCUGUUUCUUUUUUUUUUUUUUGGGCUUUUUGCUGUUUGACACCCCCCAUUUUUCUGUCUACAGCUUUUUUUUCCUUUUGCUAUUUGACACCCCCCAUUUUUCUGUCUACAACUUUUUUUUUUCCUUUUGCUAUUUGACACCCCUUUUUACUGUUAACAGUUCCUUUUUUUUUUUUUCCUAUUUGACACCAUGAUUUUUUUUUUUUCUGUUCAGUCCUCUUUUAAAUGGCUGAACCAUCAUCCGAUGUUGCUACUGCAAGUGCAACGAGAAAAAAUAAGGCAGACCCAGGCUGGAAAUAUUGCCAUUCACUAGUGGAAGGAGAUACAAACACCAUUGUUUGUAAUUUUUGUGGAAAAAUCACUAAGGGAGGAAUAACCCGAGCCAAACAACACCUGAUUGGGAAGUCGGGCAACGUUGCAGCUUGCAAGAAAACUCCCCCAAAUGUAAUCGAAGAGUUGAAGGAAUAUAUGGCUACAAAAAAAAGUGGGACCACUUACAAUACUUCUGGCAGUGGUAAUAUGGCAAAUAUAAGAGAUUUUGAAUUUGGUGAACCGAUUGGAUGUGAUGGAAGUGAAGAAGAUGAGUUUGCGGACUCUUGUAAUGCUGCUGCAAGUGCAAAGACAAAGUGUGGGACUAAAAAAGGACCAAUGGACAAAUUCUGUAAGAAUCCAGAAAAUGCAAUCAAUCGGAGAAAAAUGGAGAUGCUGAGGCAAAUGAACAUAAGAGAGUCAAUGGAUAAGAAUGAAGUAUUGAAGGUGCAUCAACAUAUUGCUCGCUUUUGGUACCAAGCAGGUUUGUCAUUCAACCUCAUUAAAUUGAAAAGCUUUGAGAACAUGGUUGCAGCCAUUGGUCAAUAUGGGCCACAUUUGCCCAUUCCUAGCUAUCAUGACAUCAGAGUUCCACUCUUGAAGAAGGAAGUUGAAUAUACUGAAAAUUUGAUGAAAGGCCAUAGGGAGCAAUGGGUCAAGUAUGGUUGUACUAUUAUGUCCGAUGCAUGGACUGAUCGGAAACAAAGAUGCAUCAUUAAUUUUUUGAUUAACUCUCAAGCUGGUACCAUGUUUUUGAAGUCUGUUGAUGGCUCUGGUUUUGUGAAGACAGGUGAAAAGCUUUUUGAGUUGCUUGAUGCCAUUGUGGAGGAAGUUGGAGAAGAGAAUGUUGUUCAAGUUGUAACCGAUAAUGGGAGCAACUAUGUUUUAGCGGGUAAGUUGUUGGAGGAGAAAAGGAAACAUAUUUAUUGGACUCCUUGUGCAGCUCAUUGUAUUGAUUUGAUGCUUGAAGAUAUUGGGAAGCUUCCCUCGAUAAGGAAGACCAUUAGAAGGGCAAUUAAUCUAGUUGGGUUUAUCUAUGCCCAUUCUAGUACCUUAAGUUUGUUGAGAAAUUUUACUAACAAGAGGGAAUUGGUGAGACAUGCUAUUACUAGAUUUGCCACUUCUUAUCUAACCUUGGAAAGGCUUCACAAAGAGAAAGCCAAUAUUAGAAAAAUGUUUACUUCUGAUGAAUGGACCUUGAACAAGCUAUCUAAGGAGCCUAAGGGAAAAGAAGCUGCAAAGGUAGUGCUCAUGCCUUCUUUUUGGAAUAGUGUGGUUUACACUCUUAAAGUCAUGGCUCCACUUGUGAAAGUGCUUCGUCUUGUGGAUGGUGAAAGGAAACCAGCCAUGGGCUAUAUUUAUGAAGCAAUGGACAAGGCAAAAGAAACAAUUAUGAAGUCUUUCAACAACAAUGAAAGCAAGUACAAAGAUGUGUUUGAAAUCAUUGAUAAAAGAUGGAAUUGUCAGCUUCAUAGGCCAUUGCAUGCAGCUGCCCACUUCUUAAAUCCAGAGUUCUUUUAUGACAACACUGACUUAGAGUUUGAUUUUGAGGUCACCAAUGGUUUGUUUGAGUGCAUUAAGAAGUUGAUUCCACAAUUUGAUGUGCAACAGAAAAUUCUAACCGAGUUGCAUCUUUACAAGAUUGGUGCUGACCACUUUGGUUCCGACUUUGCAAUGGCUCAAAGGAAAACCCAUUCUCCUAGUAAGAAACUUUUAUCAUACUAUUUUUUUUAUGUAUUAGUGUUAUAAUUCAGAAUUCUAAGUUAUGCUCUUGGUUGGUAAUUGGGUCACAAACUCCAAAUUUGCAGAAGCUGGCUAUUAAGAUUUUGAGUUUGACUUGCAGUGCUUCAGGAUGUGAAAGAAAUUGGAGUGUGUUUGAGCAAAUUCAUUCCAAAAAAAGAAAUAGGCUUGAGCACAAGAGGUUGCAUGAUUUGGUGUUUGUCAAAUACAACCAACAAUUGAAGCAAAGAUAUAAUGCAAGAGAUGAAAUUGAUCCAAUUUCUCUUAAUGAUAUUGAUGUAUGCAAUGAAUGGCUCGUGGGAGAGAUGGAUCAAGAUGAUGAUAAUGAUGCUGGAAAUGAUUUGGUAUUUGAAGAUGAUGAUGCUCUAAAUUGGGCAACUGUGUAUCAGGUUUCGGGGGUUGGAGAGUGUAGGAUGUAUACUAGGCGGAAAAAGCAAAAAAUAAGUGUUGCUGCUGCCCAAACUUCUAAAAAACAGGCAAUGGUUGUUGGAUCUUCAUCAAGGAAGCAAAAAGCAGUCCAAGAAAAUGAUGAGGAUCUAGAUGUUGAGGAGAAUAUUGAUGUUGAAUCUGAAGAAGAAGAAAUCAUGGUCAAUUUUGAGGCGUCUGAUGGGGAAGAGGGAGAGGGAGAUGCUCCAUUACCAUAUGAUAACAACGAAGAUGAUUAUGUUGGGAUUGGAGAAGAUGAUUAGAGCCUCAACCUUCACUUUGCACUUUGCAUUAUGUUUUUAUCAUUUUCUUAUUUUGAACUCUUUAAUGAGUUUAUUUGGUGUUGGUACUUGAUUAUUGUAUGAACUCAUGAAACUUUUUUAGUUUAUUUGAAUGCAAUCCUUUGUUUUUUUCAAUUUCAAUGAGUUUAUAUAUAUGUUUUUUUUUUUUUUUUGUGUCCGCCAUGACAUCCGCCAUUUUCCGCUACGCCAUCCGCCAUAUUUUUAUGGCGGAUUUUUGACUUUCCGCCAUGAACCGCCAUCCGCCAUUAACAACAUUGGUUACUUUUGAUGUAUUAGCU